AUGGGAUGGAUACAUCGAAAAAGCCGUGAAGACAGUUACGAUGGAGAUGAUAUCACCGGAGGCAUCUACAAAUGGACUAUGGAUGCGCUUUUUGGACGACGCAUAUCACCUUCAAGACGCUUCAAGGAGAUAUCUCAGGAUGACACAAACUAUAAACUAAGAAGAGAUCAAUAUGUACCCAAAAAAUGGGACGGCAUGGAUUACCAGCCGUCAGGUAGAACCCGAUCCACGUCUGUUUCGUCUAACAGGUCAUUUCUGCGGCGGUACGAUCUACUCCAAGAUGACGAUGAGACACGCUCAGAAUCUGAACUCGAAUCUAAGGAACUCAGUGAUCUGCGUCGCUAUCGUAGAACUCUGCAACAACAACAGCCUUUGCAUGGCGAAGCUUGGGAUCGAAAUAGUCGCAUACCAGAUGAUCCUAGUUUGCACAACGACAGCACGGAUACCUUCUCGGCGCGGAGACACAAACCACGAGCUCGCGAUCCAAAAGCAAAGGCAUAUGCGUCGGACGAAAAGGACAGCUUAAAGGUCAGCGUUCCUAACCUUAGCGAUCCGUUGAUUUCCAAACUUUUCGGUAGAAAAGUGGCUCAAUCACCACCUCCAGAUCUCCCUGGCAAAUUUCCUUCGCCUUUCAAACAAACUUUUGAGCCAAGCAAAAAGACUGGUAGUCCUCCGCAAACCAAGGAUUUCACGAGUGACUAUCUACAACUUUUAGAGGAUCUGGAUCUCAAUGGUCAAAAACUUAAACAACUUCAAACGGGUAUUCAGCAACGUCAUGACGACCAGCAGGCUCGUGAGGCCAGCUAUCGCGAAAAAUACGUCGCUAUGCGACAAGAGCUGAUUGCAGAGUUAAAGCAGUCAAAAUACCUAUAUGACAACUACUACAAGCUUUACGGCAAAUACAAAAAGCUGAAAACUUUGGCCGCAUCGCAAACGGACGCCCAGCAACGCGUACGGGAUCUGGAAUCCCAGGUUGUCGAUGCUUCUAUUGAGCGGGCAGACCAGGUCCGCAAACUCAGUGAGACCAUAUUUCAUCUUGAAUUAAAGCAGCAGGAGGAGCAGGCAAGGCACGAGCGCGAAAAGAUGAGGUAUCAGUCCAGGAUUCUAGAGCUUGAGAACCUACUGCGAUCGCGAAUAUCGGAUUCGCCAGCGAAGCCAACAGAACAUCUGCCGUCUCACAUUCAUGUUCAUGAGCCCCGGCUAUACACGGAGAGUUUUACAUAA